GAGACGUUACGCCAUUGUUAUAUACCAUUCUGCCCGUAUGUAAUGUACUUAAAAUGGUUAGUUUCUUUGACCAGAGUAGGUAUUUAGCUGUCAAUUUGUACGGGCACCUGCUGUGAACGACGAGAACUAGGCUACCUUGGUGACGUCAUCAAGCGAACAGGUCAUAGGUCAGCGAGUGAAAUGGGAACGGAUGAAGUUUGCUGAAGUUGUUUCUCUGGACUAUAAAUACACUUUUCAGCCUCCGUGUUAACUGCGAGAGAGAUUCCGAUAUGAGUGGAACGAAUACAACAGUUCACCAUGCCAGAAAGGGUUCAGACCCUCUGGUGUCAACGGCACGGGGAAAAUUACAGACCAAGAGAUCCAAAAUAAAUGAUCAAAUCAACCGGGAGCUGAGGAUGAGGAAUGGUGCUGAAAAUCUAUUUCGGGCCACCAGCAAUAAAAGAUUAAAGGAACUGGUGGCUGUUGAGCUGUCCUUUUUCAAUUCAAAUAUUCAACUUCUCAAAGAAGAGUUAUCCGAGCUGAACAGUUCCGUGGAAGUAUAUCAACACGACAGUGAUGUGGCAUGUGUUCCAAUGAUCCCGCUGGGUCUGAAAGAAACAACGGAAUGUGACCUGACUGUUCCGCUAAAGGAUUUUAUUAGUGAACAUUACAGCGAAGAUUCUGAAAAGUACACAACAGAGAUUCAGGAACUGCUAGAUCUACGACAGGCUAUAAGGACACCACAGCGUAAUGAAGAUGGAGUCAAUCUCCUGACGGAGUACUUCAAUCAGCUGUAUUACGUAGAGAGACGAUUCUUCCCUCCAGACAGGGUCCUGGGCAGUCAUUUCCACUGGUAUGACUCAUUAACUGGAGUACCAAACACCCAGAAGACCAUGGGCUUCGAGAAAGGCAGUGUCUUGUUCAACAUAGCGGCCUUACAUACUCAGAUUGGCUGCAAGGAGGACCGCACUAAUCCCACUGGCCUGCAGUAUGCCAUAAAUAGUUUCCAGAAGGCUGCUGGGACAUUCCGGUACCUACACAAUCAUUUCUCGAACGCGCCUAGUAUGGACAUGCAGCCACAGACUCUCACAAUGAUGGUCCAGCUCAUGAUGAGUCAGGCCCAGGAGUGUGUGUUUGAGAGCAAAGUUUUCGGUGGUGUGGAAGGAAUUUUAGCCCAUGUAAAAGCAGCACAAGAGGCCAUUGUGGUGUCACAGAUGUAUGAUGACACUCAGGUUCUGAUGGCGUCCGAGCCUUUGAAGGAUUACAUCCCUUAUUCCUGGUUGUCGAUGACGCAGGUGAAGUCUCAGUACUACAUGGCUAUCGCCCACGAACACAUGGCCAGCGCUAUAUUGAACCACAAAGACAAUAAUGACCACAUCAAGCUGGGCCUGUAUAUGGCUGCUCACCAGAACUCUGAAGUGGAUGAUGACAAUAACAAAGUAGAAACGCCUCGCACAGACAAGGAGAGACUCCAGCAUGGCAAGGCUCACCUUAAGGAAGCCCUGAUGAGUCACGAGGAGGCCUUACGACUGCACGACCUUUGUAAACAGCUCCGCAAGAUCGACAGUUUCGUUGGCAUUCUCAAGCCUGCCCACGAAAGUUGUCUACAGAGCUAUUCUUCAUUGGAGGAAGAAGACGAUUUUACAGAAAUUUACAUGUCUCCAAAAGUCGCGCCGAAAUCUGAGCGUCCCGUGUCUCCUACUCCACCAGAGUUCACAAAGGUCAAAGUCACGGACAUCUUUCAAAAAUUGGGCCCUGUGUUGAUUUUCAAUGCUAAGAACGAAUGGUCAGCUCCUCGAACCGUAGUGCUUGACCGAAGUGCUGUCCAGGGAUUUGGCUUCAGUGUCCGUGGUGAUUGUCCAGUUAAGGUGGCAGAGAUUGAAGUGGGCAGCGUGGCUGAGGCUAGUAAGCUGAAAGUCGGUGAUUUUGUGGUAGCUGUGGGUAGCAAGGACUCAAAAUGGUUGAGACACGAGGAGGUUGUGAAUUUGGUCCGACAAUCCGGUAGUCACCUAGAACUUACUCUAGUGACCCCAAUAAACACUAGCAUGUUAGAAACCCCCCGACCAUCAUCUACGCCAAGUUCUCCCGGAACUCCGAUGCGGAUGCAGAGUCCGGGAGAAAGUGUGUCUAGUCACAGCGUAAAAAGCAAUCGAAGUAGACUAAGUGCUCCCUGGAUUUUCAUUCGGAAAGGUUCAAAGGAAAAACAGGAAAAGCCAGAAAAGAGCAAAGAAUUUGAGGAUGGAGAUUUGUUUUUGCGCUAACUAUUUUUUUCCACUCGAAUCAGAGAAUGUGCACAUAAUCAAAAAGAACUUUUAAUCACAGUAUUAUGUCUAACUUUUUAUAUAUAUUAUCAUAUAUUAUAUUUUAUUAUAUAUACAUUUUGAUAUGCAACUGUUCAUUAUGAAAGCAAUAUCUACAUGAUGUAGAAAGUGAGAGAGUGAGUAAAGAACAGAGAAAAAUAAUUCUGUUGUGUUUGUUGAUAGUUGACUUACACUGAAAAUCUCAAUGGGUCAGACAAAUCAUCCUGUAAGAAUUCAUUCCGUAAUAUUUACAUUCUGUAUACCUGGACCCAUUGACGAAAAUUACAUUUAUUAGCUCACCUGGUCCGAAGGACCAUAGUUAGCUUAUGCCGUGGCACAGCAUCCGUCGUC